GUAUUAUUUAUACUUUUCACAAUUGAACUCGCACAAUUUUUUUUUAAUUGGAAAAAAUUGCUUUUCAUGAACUCAAUUAUUAUUUGUGUUGUUUAAUUCUACACUUUUUUUUAAAUAAAAUCAACAAAAAAUUCGGAAAUACAAAUAUUAAGCUGCUUAAUUAUGGAAAAUGAAACACAAACACAACCACAAUUGGAACGGCAUGAAGCACAGUUAUUGCAGCAAGCGCCAGUUGAAGCACAAGCAGAGCAAACGGAGGAUAUGGGAAUUGUAACAGAAGAGAUUUUAAGUGAUGCUUGUGUAACGAACGAAGACUCCUCCACCUGCAUGUGUGUACAAGAAGCAGACUAUGAGUCAGCAAAUAUUGCUAGCGAAGCGGAAGCCUUGCAACAAUUGGAAUGUGAAGCAGAGGAUGAACAACAAUACGCACAUCAUGUACAUCGUCAAUAUAAUCCCAAGAAGAGUGUCUCCUUCAAGACAUUGGUCGACAUCUUUCAAUUGAGCGAUGCAUGGCAAUUGCAUGUGAAGAAGAGCAGUUUGAAAACGGAAGAGGAUCAGGCCAAGCGACGCAUACUGCAGCGCAACUAUUAGAUCGACGUAAACACACACACAUGCAUACAUACAUACAUAUAAGUGCUUCAUCAUACCAUUUGUCUUGGCUUGCAAAUGCUGGUGCAACAACAACUUUUAUGUGAAUCGAUGAUCAAUGUUAUUUCUUUAUACGAGGGUGUGACAAAUUCCAAGUGUACUAUAUUUUUUAUUAGAUUAAUAGAUAUCUUACGUUUUCUCUAUGUAAUGUCUGUAAUGUUGGUGUGUAAUUGUACCUAAGCACAUACGCACCGACCACUUAGCUAGCUUAUUUUCUGUUUUAAUCCCGUCAAGGCGUAAAUAUGUAAAAAUCGACUAGUUUGAAUGCUCGCGAAAAUAAAAUGUGGCAU